AUGACAGACCAUCACCAUCACGACCAUUCAAACUGUAACCAUGACCAUGACAAUACCAAGAAAGUGACUGACGCUGUUAAUGAUGAAUUGGCUCUAAGACAAAAGACAGCUGAAAAGUUAACAAAGGCUUUAGUUGAAAUGCAGGAAUUAGCCAAUGAACAUAAAAAGACAUUACCUAAACCUUUGACCGGUGCAGUCAAUAAAGCUGAUGUCGAGCUCUUGGUAAAGGAAAUGCAACUGACAAAAGCAGAGGCUGAAGCAGCUUUAAGAGCCAAUGGAGGUGAUGCUGUAGCUGCUAUCAAAAAGUGGAUUGAAUGUUGA